AUGAUAAUGAAUGAUUCGUUACCUAAAUUGAAGAUGGAAAAAACAGCUUAAUUUUUUAAUCCAAGCAAAAUCAUACUUAAAUAGAAAACCAUAAAAAAACUAUAACCAAUCGUUGAUGAAGAAAUUGUUAAAGAAUUUUAAAUUCCAACAUUUAGUAAGAUAAGUUAGGAAGAAAUAAUUGAUUUCAAUCAAAUAAUUUAACAACAGCUUUAAAAAUAUAAUAGUCAAAACAAUAUUUUGUAAAUUAAUAAAAAUUUUAACAAUCUUCAUUUUUUAAAGUCUUCAUAAUAAUCAAAAAGAAAUUAAACACCUUUGAAAUCCCUCCUAGAAGUUUAAGAAAAAUUAUUAUAUCCAAAAAGUUAAUCUACUCAUCUUACAAUUAAAGAAUAAAAUAAAUAAUAUUCACCAGAAAAAUAUAGAAGAAACAUAAGAGUUUUACUCAAUCCUUUUAAUUUUGAAAGAAAAUCAUAAGAAAAAUAAUAAAAUAAAAGUUCUUCUUAAAGUUAAAGGCCUUCAAAAUCAUAAGGAAGAACAUUUUUAUAAAGAAAAGCAUAAAUUGGUGUUUUAAAUAGAAUAUUCUCUUCUAGAUCAUAGGAUAUUAUUUGA